AUGUCAGGUUUUAGAGAUUGUCUACUCAAUGCGUAUAUAGAAAUACUAGAGCGCCACAUAUUCUACAAACGCAGCGGCCGGAGAAUCAAAGUCGGUCUCUGCAGUUUUCCACAGGAAUGGGAUGGCCUUUGGUAUGACAGCCGUAAAAAGGAAGUGACAUUAAAUCGGACAACGUCAGCUGUUCAGUCUGGCUGGACUCUGACUGCGUACACCUCCACCGUGACGUCAUGGACAUGCGUGGAACAGUCCAUUGAUAAAUAUUUGAUGAAAAGCGACCAGGAGGUGGACGUGUUUGGAGCACCAAAUGCCGCGUACCUGUGUCUGACAGUCACGAAAGUUACAGAUGUGUCGUACAGGUAUACGAUAAUAGCAGAUGAACAAACAAAUGCUGGAAAUGAAAGAGUCUCUGUGAUUGCCACUACAAGAAAUGCCUCCAUAUCGAGUGAUUGCACAGCAGUUAGUCCGCCCGGCCCUGAGGAGUUUCACGUUCUUGUCAAAGCAGAUAAUGUUUCCGACGCGAAACAGUACUUUCCAGAACCCUUGUUGGCGACUCUUUAUAAUUCUAACUACGCGAGAACUAAUUCGACAUGCGACUCUGACGUCGUAUUAGACAUGUGUUCUGAUAGGUAUAUCAUGAACCGCACAGAAUGUUCAACAAGUAGCGGGCAAGUUUUAGGUGCAUUAUACUUUUGUAUUACAUACGUACAAGAUGGCGAGAUGUUUUUUGUGUCGAUGCUCGACCCUGAUGUCACCGGAAGUAACCAACAACACUUGAAAUGUUAUGCGGUAAUGAAAUUGAAUGACCAGAUAUACAUCAGCGAUAAUAAUGGGAGUUGUGCCAAAGGUCAAGAUCCAAAUGUAAGACAAGUAAACGGGACUGAGACUCUUGUUAUGUACGCAAAUGUGCUAUGUCCAUUCACAACAAGCCCGAAUGAAGAGGAUGUUGACAUCGGUUUAAUUAUUGGAUGCGUAAUAGCAAGCAUUAUUUUCAUUGGAAUAGUCAUUGCAAUCAUAAUUAUUUGUCUGCGAAAGAAAUACAGAGAGAAAAUACGAAAAACAUUUUGUUCCAAAUGCAAGCACAAGGUCCAGCAAAAAGAUGACGAAAGACAAGAACUCUCUGAAAAGGAGAAAACACAGUCAAAUGGAACAGAUGAUACUGAUGAAACCAACAAUAAUGAAGAUCAAACCAAAUCAAUUUUAUUUGAUGAAGUGAAAAAUUCCACACAAAAAGUCAGCGGCGAAGUUCUGACAACUGCAGAAGGGGAGGGUGCUUCUGAUGAAAACAGCAGAAAUCUCAUUAUGACUCCAGUUGAACUUUUGGACAACACAUUUGAAGAUAUAGAAGUUGGGAAAGCGCCAGUGGAUGUACAAAAAUAUUCAAAAUCGGGUAUAGUUGUUGACCAUGCUAAUUUACUGAGUGAAAUAGAGGAUGAGGACUCUGCUUUUAGGGUCAAGGAAAGUGAAAAAGAGAAGAAGUCCGUCAUAAGUCGUCAAAACACCGAAGAGGAUAUGGAACAAUUGCGGAGAAUAAACAGAGAAGUUAAUUCAGAGAAGCACUUAUUCAUUAAAGAAAACAUGCCUCUUGAUAAUGAAAUGUCAACCAGCGAACAAAUAUACUUCCAAAAGAGCGUUUUUGCAAAACAAAAUGUUGAAGCAGAAAUGUACUUAAAUGAACCCAUAGACGAAUCUGAUGACCAUGCUAUAUUAUCAAGCAGCUUACCUGUGAUAUUGGAGGCUCACGAAGGGAUUUCUUAUUUAAACUCACUAGGUGUUACAUCUAGCCCUAUUCAUACGACAAGUUUUGUACCAGAUAAUCCACAGACAAAGAAAGAUAAUGAUGGAAUGGAAGACACGGGGGAAAUCAAAGGAAUGGUUAUUGAAGAUUUGGAUUUUUCUUUGACAGAAGAGCAAAUUAUGGCAAGAUCGAGCCUUUCAUCAGCUUUGACCUCAAGACUUAGUUCAAGGAUGACACCGACAUCCGAAAUACUGGCAAAAGAGUUGAGAAAAGUACUAUCUCCCUCUAAACGAAUUUCAAAGAAGAAAAACAAACCAAGAGCAUCGUCCAAAUUGUCUUUUCACUCAGCUCCGGAAAUGAGAAGUAGGAUAAAGGAAUGUUCAGAGAGAUAUCAAAUAAAGCCUGUUCUUAGACGUGCUUCUACUAAAAUGUCCAUACUUAAAAUUGCAACUAUAAAACGCAAAUUAAAAGAUAUGGGAAAUGAACCAAGAGCUCCCAAAAUGAAAUUUCGAUGGAUUUGAUGAAUCAGUAUACAUGUCUAACAAAGCCUGUUUAAUUUGAACUGAUAAAAAACAAAGAAAUGCGAAAUAAAACCCUCAGACUCUUUGAAAAAAAUAUUAGAAUCAGAAAUUACAAAAUAUGAUUUAGUCAGUUGAUAAUAAUUAUGACAAACCAUUGUAUGUUCAAAAACAUAAAGAAACAAAAACUUAAAUCAAAAACCUGUUUGAAAUAGUUACUACUUGAUUCAUUUAGACAUAUCAUUAUUUCCCGAUCAUGACAAGGAGCACAUGGCGGGUGUGACCGGUCGGCAGGGGAUGCUCACUCUUUCCUGGCACCUGAUCCCACCUCUGACAUUUUGGAGUUCUGUGUUUGCUCUUCCCGUAUUUGUAUGGUUAUAUGGACGUUUGAUCUUGAAUACUGUUCGUUAUCUCCAUAUGUUUCAUCAUAUCGUAGUACAAAGUGUUUGGAAGAAGAUUUUUAUAGGCUUGACUGGAACUCUUCAGCGCCAGAAAUUUAAAUGAAUCAAAUCCUUGAAUUUGUUUGUUUAUAGUACAGUGUAAUAGAAGAGUGAUGUAAGAUGAAUUCCAAAGCGGUAGACAUUUCA